AUGGCGACGAAGCAUUCUGUUGCGCAGCUGUCGCGUACAGCAGCUGGAGCUUCUAGACCAUCUGGUGCAUCCCCCGGUCUCUGGAUUCCGCGAAGUAGCGCUUUGCAAACGAGGUCUUUCGCGACACCUGUCCCGCCCGUGACCCAGAAUGCGACCGGGUCAAAGGGUCCUACAGCUAUGGUAUUCAUGAACAUGGGCGGUCCUUCGACAACAGACGAGGUCGGGAGCUUCUUGAGCCGUCUCUUCGCGGACGCCGAUCUGAUACCCUUGGGACGGUUACAAAACUAUAUCGGGCCUUACAUUGCGAGCCGCAGGACACCCAAGAUCCAGAAACAGUACGCAGAAAUUGGAGGUGGUUCGCCCAUUCGCAAGUGGUCGGAAUACCAGAGCUCCGAGAUGUGCAAGAUCCUCAACCGUAUAUCACCCGAAACCGCCCCUCACAAACCAUACGUCGCCUUCCGCUAUGCCGACCCCUUAACCGAGGAGAUGUACACCAGGUUGCUGGAAGAUGGCUUUGGCAACGGGAAGGGUGGCAGAGCAGUCGCCUUUACCCAGUAUCCGCAAUACUCCUGUUCAACGACCGGAAGCAGUCUCAAUGAGCUGUGGAAGUGGCGACAAAGACUAGAAGGAAAGGCCGAGUCUGGCACCAUCCAAUGGGGUGUCAUUGACCGGUGGCCGGUCAAUCCAGGCUUGGUGGAGACUUUUGCAAGCAACAUCGAGAAGACAUUGGCAACGUAUCCGGAAGAACGCCGUAGCCAAGCGGUGCUGCUGUUCUCGGCACAUAGCUUGCCCAUGUCUGUGGUCAAUAGGGGUGAUCCUUAUCCCGCAGAAGUUGCGGCGACGGUGUAUGCGGUCAUGCAGCGGCUGAAGUUCUCCAACCCUUACAGGUUAUGCUGGCAAUCACAGGUUGGCCCUCAGCCGUGGCUGGGUCCUCAAACCCAGUCAUCGGUAGAGGAAUACAUCAAGAAGGGGCAGAAGGACCUUGUCCUGAUCCCCAUUGCGUUUACUUCCGAUCACAUCGAAACACUCUUCGAGCUCGACAAGGAAGUAAUAGGGGAGUCUGGUCACGCCGACACGGUGAAGCGGGUAGAGAGUCUGAAUGGCAACCCGAUCUUCAUCGAUGCUCUUGCAAACCUUGCAAAAACCCAUCUGGACGGCGGCGUUGCGUGCUCAUAUCAGAUGGGGCUCAGAUGCCCUGGAUGCAAGAGCGAACGUUGCGCCGAGUCGAAGAAGUUCUUUGCUGGGCCGGAGAAUGCGUUCGCUGUGUAA